GGGGGGUCCCGAACUCCAGUCAUCAAGCGCGUUAGAAGGAUACAACUGAACUGUGCAAGUCUUCAAAGGACUGACAUAAAAACUCCGGACUUUUUCUUUUAAGUCUCCACUUUUCUCCCUCAAUGGUCGUGGAGCGGCACGUUUUUUUUUUACGCACGAGGCGAGAAUUACCGACCGUUAAUUUCCAACGCGUGGGGGGGGGGAUGCUCUCAUGACCAGAAGGCUGCAUGAUGGGAGCUGGGACUCGUCCAGGCUGAGGAGCAUCUGUUUCCAGAGCUGUGGCGCCCUCUGCUGUUCGGCUAAAGAAAGUCUGGACGGGGGGCGGCAGGAUGGGGCGCAUCAUGGAAGAAGGGAUGAACUUUGUCAUCGUCAAUCACUACAACCACUCGGGGAAGUGGGAGCGGCCCCGCAGCGGCGGGGCCUGCAAGAUGGCCGUGCUGCUGUUCAUCUGCGUGUUGAUCGUCCUGGAGAACGUCACCGUGCUGCUCGCCCUGUGGAGGAACAAGCGCUUCCACAGCCGCAUGUACUUCCUCAUAGGGAACUUGGCUCUGUCCGACUUGCUGGCCGGCGUGGCCUACGUGGUCAACAUCUUCACUUCGGGGCGCAACACCUUCUUCCUGACCCCCCGGCAGUGGUUGGCCAGAGAGGGCAGCAUGUUCGUGGCGCUGAGUGCCUCCACCUUCAGCCUUCUGGCGAUUGGGAUUGAAAGGCACAUGACGAUGGUGCGUCUACGUCCUUGUGAGACGGCGGGCCGAGGUCGACUUCUGGCCCUGCUGGUGGCCUGCUGGCUUGUGUCAGUGCUGCUCAGCGCUCUGCCCAGCCUGGGUUGGAACUGCCUGAACAAUCUGCCUUCCUGCUCCACGGUCCUGCCGCUCUAUGCAAAGAGCUACAUCGCCUUCUGCAUAAGUGUCUUCAGCGCCUUGCUGGUGGCGAUCAUCAUCCUCUACAUCAGGAUCUACCGCCUGGUGACGUCCAGCAGUCGCAGGGUGAGCAGCCGCCCAUCGGAGCGCUCUCUGGCACUGCUGCGGACGGUGGUCAUUGUUCUGGGAGUCUUUGUCAUGUGCUGGGCUCCCUUGUUUCUCCUGCUCCUGCUGGACGUCGGCUGCAGCCCAGACGUAUGCCCAGUCCUCUACCAGGUGGACUGGUUCAUCGCCCUGGCGGUGCUCAACUCCGCCCUGAAUCCUCUGAUUUACACCCUGUCCAGCAGGGAGAUGAGGGUCGCCUUCUUCCGGCUGCUGUGCUGCUGUCAGACGGGCAUGGAUGCGGCGGGGGCUCCGGCGGUGGGCAACCUUCACCUUGGCACCGUCAUUCCCACAGCAGAAAACAGCAAGACCAGUCUGGGUGGAGGUGGCGGCGGCGUUCCUGGAAAGCCCUCAGCAAACAAAGGGAAACUUCCUGCAGCUGUGAACUCAGACUCCAAACAUGGAGACCCUUCAGUCACCGCCGUGGCCCUCCCCUCGGGGCCCGCCGACCUGCUCUCGGCUGUGCUGGUGAAGGCGGGGGCGCUGCCAGCCCUCAACAAGUUCUAAAUAAAACCCACUGACAUUAACCUGCUGUCAGCCACUUUUAGUUUGUGCACUACAGCUCACGUUGCACGGAGAAGCGGACUCCAAGUUGGAACCAAACAGUUGAUUAGAGCGUGUCUUUCUCUUCACUAUUGAUUCUGUCAGUUACUUUGUUGAUGUAUUUUUGUAGUCAGACAAUCAAUUUGUGGCACUUUUUCAUGUAAACAUGCGGGAGUUGUACCUGCACUUUUUUUUAUCAUCGCUAUUUAUUUUCUGUGAAAAAAUAUUUCCCACCCGAAUAACUCGCGUGUAUUUUUUGCUUUGUGUGCAUUAAAAAAAUUCCCAUCACCGUAUUUUGGAAACGAUUUCACGUGGGAGACGGGGGCGAGCUGCCCGACUGACUGACGGAUCGACUGACCAACCAGCGGCCUCAUGAGGCUGCAACACUUCUCACACUCCAGAAAUACAGACCGGGUAUAAAAGGCACUGCUAUUUCUAGACUCCAACCACUGAUGGAGAACAGUUUCGGAUUUGCCCUGCUGAUGGCGCUGCAGGAGAAGGGAUGUUUUUUAACCUCCACGUCUUGAUUACCACUCUUGGUUUCAUCAGUCUGAGCUCCACUGUGAGCUUAAUUAACCAAAAAACACUUGCUUGCCAUCAGCACAUGUAGAAACCACUCACACAUCAGCUGACUAACCACUAGUGAAUAUUAGUGCUGGAUGUGACUUCUUUUUUUGUCGUUGGAAUUUUCUGCCAGAGAGUGAUGUAGUGCCUGACUCUUUUACAAAGCAAAUAAAAUUCUAUUUCCUGUUCUGA